AUGAUCAACGCAGUUCUUGUCUUCAAUAAUGCUGGGCAACCACGGCUUACAAAAUUCUACACACAACUAGAAACAUCAGUUCAACAGCGACUUAUUUCAGAAAUAUUCACACUCGUAUCUAAUCGUCCUGCCGGCUCAUGCAAUUUCCUUCCGCUUCCGCCUCUUCUCGCCUCCUCCUCCACAUCCAAAACAGAUUCAUCUCCUCACAACGAUAUCCCUUCCCUCGUCACAUAUCGUCAUUAUGCGACACUAUACUUCAUCAUUAUUUCAACAUCCACCGAAUCACCACUUGCUCUUAUUGAUCUGAUACAAGUAUAUGUGGAGGCACUCGAUCGUUUAUUUGAGAAUGUAUGCGAACUAGAUUUGAUCUUCAAUUUCGAGACGCUGCAUGCAACUUUGAGCGAGAUGGUCGUGGGCGGUGUUGUUAUUGAGACACAGUUAGAGAGAGUUGUGGAAGGGGUGAAGGCACAGGGAAAGGUAGCAAAGAGACCCUUGAAUGAAGGAAGAGGCGGGGCAUUAGGAGGCAUGGGAAUGGGGGGAAAUUUUGCCUGGGCUACUCGAUGA